AUGGGUUGGCUUAAGAAGGCGGCCCUUUUGGCCGCCGUGUCCCUUUCCAGCGUCGCCCAUGCGGCACCGCCCCCGGCCGCUCCUGGCACCUGUUACAGCAUCGGAGCCUUCUCCGGAUCGCCACAGCUCAUCCAGCAGAUGACGCGCCAGAAGUGCAGCGACCGUUGUGCUGGACUCGGAGGCUUUACCGGUUACGCCAUCUACUUUGGAGUCAACCCCCAGACCGGCGGCACUCCCAACACUGGCUUCAUCUGCGCCUGUGGCACCACUGCCACGAGUUCGACUGUGGCAGAUUCUAACUGCAACCAGUCUUGCGAUGGUACUGUUGCCAUCGACCAGGAGAACUGCGGUGGAAACACUGGCGAGAUUCACUUCGCCAUCGGCGACGUUGCGCCCCCUGCCAACAACCCUUCGUCCAGUGCUGUCGUCGUUCCCCCCCCUGUCAGCUCAACUCCCGCCGACACUCUGCCCAACCCUCCCGUCGCGAACGGUUACACGCUUUUGGGUUGCUUUGGCACCGUUGGCGGCCAGGCAGCAUUCGUGGAGAACAGACGAGGCCCCGACAACUCUGCCUUUUCCUGUACUGCGGCUUGCAGGGCCGCCGGCCAACCAAUCGCCGGUCUCUUCGACAAUGUCUGCUACUGCGCAAGUGCCCUUCCAGCCACUUCUUCUCGCAGAGUCCCCAACAGCGAGUGCAGCAUCAACUGCCCUGGCAACCCCGCGGAGAAGUGCGGUGGUCGCGGUGCCCCGCUUGCUCGUCGCCAGCAGGUCCCGCCUGACGUUCGUCUCGUCAUCUACAUCCGUGAAGACGGCAGCUCAUCUGUCCUCACCAUCCCGACUUCUACGAGCCGCCCGCCCACCAGCCCUGUCUCAUCUCCCGCAGCCAGCCCUACCUCCCCUACCAUCCGCCCUACUGGACCUACCAGUGGAGUAAGCAGCCCUACCCCGAGCCCCAGUACUGCUGCCCUUUCCAACCCCGGCCUCGUGGGUGCGUAUGCGCUCCUGGGUUGCUACGGCUCAACCAGCAACUUCUUUUCGUUUGUGCUGUCCAGGCGUGAUGGCGGUAACAACGUGGAGAACUGCAUUGCGGCUUGUGGCACGUCUAGAUACGUCGGUAUUUACAACACAGAGUGCUACUGCGGUAGUGCGCUCCCUACCACCAACACCCGCCAGCUUGCUAUAACAGAGUGCAACACCCGCUGCCCCGGCAACAACAACCAGCGCUGCGGUGGUCUUGGUAACCCUCUCGCCAAGCGUCAGACUGGGCCGGUCCCGGCCGGAGUUCGUCUCAUCAUCUACGUCCGCAUCGACGGCGGCCCCGUCUCGACCCUCACCAGCGUGAGCGUCAGCACCGGAUCCGGCACCACCGCGUCCUUCACAUUCACCUCAGUCAUCACCCAAGCGCCGACCGGCAGCAUCCUCAGCUUGCCCCCCGGCCUCUACACCUCAGGCGCCGCGACCCCGACUGGCCAGUUCUGCCGUAUCAUUACGGGAUCCUGGGUUCUGGGGCAGACGACCCUCCUGCCCUUGCCCACCGGUGUCUAA